UAUCGGUGUCGUCAAACGUCAGUAAAGAGCAGAUUAAAAUUUAAUGCGUAGUAAAAUACUGAUCAUAAUACUGAUCAUAAUACUGAUCUUUUCUCCACGUGAUCUUGUGAUAUCACACAUAGCACAGAACAUUACAGCAAUAUUGCUACAAUGUUCUGUGCUAUGUGGGAUGUUAAACAUUCUUGUCGAAACCGCAUGUGAAAUUAAUCCUUAUAUUUUGCAGGGGAUUAGCAUCUAUAUAUACAUACUAUUUUACAAACACAAGCUCUAGAUUUUUUUUUGUGAAAUCUUAGAUGAGAAAGUAAAAAUGAUCGUACCAACAUAUUUAUAGUUUAAAGUUGAAAUAGUUUGGCAUAUGAUUAUUAUAUAUUGAAAAGAACGGCUUCAAAUAAAUUGGAGCUCGUUAAUCGUAAGAAGAGGUCAGUAGUGCAGUUUAGCCGCUUGUAUAAGAGCAGCUCCAACAUCAGUAACUCCAUUAAAGUGGAUCAACGUUGCACGGUGUCACGAUGAACGUCGUAGUGAUACCGUUCUUCUUAGCGGCGCAUCUUUCUACCGAUGAAACGUGGGCGCAUGGACCGGAGUACACGUUUCAGGUCCAGGUGAACUGCACUGCGAUCCCGGAGGAGGGCAUUUACGGUAGUGUACGGCUGAAUUUGGAGUCGAAGCUGAUUUGCCAGCCGUUGAAGAGUGGUCACUCAUUGAGCUGUCACUUCGAGGACUCGAAGGCGAACAGUUUCGUCACGGAUAGUCUCGAUCCGUCGGAACUGGCGACGCCAACUGGACAAGUGAACCGACAACCAGCUUAUGAGAUUAACGAGGAUCAAUUUGAGAUCAAGUUCAACAAGCGAGGACUGGACGAUCUCGUAGUGAACGAGAACAUUCAGCCGCGCGAGCUUGAUAUGAUCAGGCUGAUUGUGGGUCAGUUGAGUGUGGGCGCCAUCCUCGAAGGCAUCGGCAAUGACGUGAUUUUUGACGCGAUGGAGAACUUUACCCAGGGCGAGUGUUACACAACUUUCAAGAUCGACAAGAAGCUUGUGGAUCGUUCGUUGUAUGGGAAACCAAAUUAUGCGCUCAGGCCGGUCUUUGGAUUGAGGGACGGAAAACUGGUGCAAAUACGAAAGAUCAGGAACCUAUACAUGUGCGCGCAUAAGGUGCCAUAUUUCUUCGGCAGUGCCGACAGCUUCCAAGAAGAAAGCGACAUUAUAUCUGACGCAAGUUUGUCGAAUGGACACAUCAUCAUAAUGUCGACAGAAUUCAUAUCCGGUACGUCGAAUGUGAUAACAAGGAGCAAAAUAAACGAAGAAGUGGUAACGACUCUUUACGAGAACGUACGGCUCAGGCUCGAGUCGAUCCAACCCGCGGAGAGCGAACCGCCAGCUGUGAAGGAAGCAGAAUCUGCUAGUAUCUUCAUAGGCAGAUGGUUAAUAGACAAUUCGUCUGAGGAAGAUAACUAAGAUACCGAGAACAAUUGCAUUAUUCAUGCACGAAUGACGCGUAUGAGACACGAAAUUAAGAAAUUCUUUUGUUGCAAAGUGUGACUUACAUUAAUUUGAUUCAGCUAUUUAUCAUGUAAAUUAGAGAUAUAAGUAUUCAGGUUGCAACGAUGCGUUUUUGCGUUCAACAAAUUACUAAAAAAUAUUAUUCUGUGUGAGUGAAUGGUAUUCGCGAUAAUUAUAAAUCAAACUGUAGAACUAUUAUAAUCUUAAUUAAUAAAAAAAGUGUUGUUAUGAAAGUGCCGUAUAUUUUAAUGUGCAAGAGUGUACAGUGAUAACAAAGUCUUAUUACUUGUAUAAUAUUGUAAAAGCGGUUGAUUUUAUGAGAAAAAUAAAAUAUUAUAUAUUAUAUUAAUAAAAA